AUGUACUGAGUGAACCUUUGGAAACGAGUGCAUGGUCAAAACACUUAGAAGAUACAGUCACCGGAAAUUUGUCAAAACCAAAUGCCACACAAAAGUAACAGUCUCCCAGUGUGGUGGCAGUCCUGAGCUGAAAGAAGGCCUUUGCAGAGCGGAGCCAGCACACUGCAGUCACAUCUCUCAACUCCACAGUGAGGGCAGGACACCCUGAUAAAGCCUGAGAAGGACAGAAACAGUGCAUGAGAGGGAGAAGACCAAACACAAGAAAACAAAGACGCUACAGCAGCAGCAGGAAGUUUUGAAUGAGGAAACACAUUUUCCCUUGAAGAACAGUGCAUUUCUAGAUCGUGUCAGAACACUUAAAGUACUCCCAAAUAUUUUUCAACUUGAAAAAGAAACUGCACAAUGGAUGAAGAUGCUCUGUUGGACUAUGAGUACCCAGAUGUGAAUGCGCCGGCCAAACCUGAAGCAGAAAUAAUCCCACCAUGUGAUCCUACUGCAGAUGACAGCGUCUACCAUAUAUGCAUCACUGCAAUAUCUGUUAUUGUCAUGCUGAUCCUCGCGGUCUUAGCCAAACGCUCAAAGGUGGACGUCAGACAGAAAGGACUCCUAAGUCUACUCAGUCCGGUCAACUUCCUGGACCAUACACAGCACAAGGGCCUGGCAGUCGCUGUGUUUGGAGUGCUCUUCUGCAAACUAUGGAGCAUGGUGGUCUCCCCAAACCCCCUCCCCUUCUCUACAGACUCAAAGAACAAACAGAGCUGGAUGAUCCUGGGAGUGUUCUACUACCCUGCACUGCACUACCCUCUCCUGGCAUGUGGGACAUUACAUAAUAAAGUUGGUUAUGUACUUGGCAGUCUUUUGUCGUGGACACAUUUUGGUGUCCUCGUUUGGCAGAAAAUUGACUGCCCCAAAACACCUCUGAUACACAAACACUAUGCUCUUUUCUCCAGCCUGCCUCAGGUAGCUUGCUUGGCAUUUCUUAGUUUUCAGUAUCCACUUCUCCUAUUCAAAGGCUUCAAGGGCACUAAAAAGAACAAUGCAGCUGAGGAUCUUAGCAGCAGCUACUACCAAGAAUAUGUAAAGAAAAUAUUCCAGAAGGAACCCGCCAAAAUCAGCAAAUCAAUCGCAGAUACACCUAGACUCCAUCAAAGAAUUAUUAAUGCUGUGAAGUCAUACAUUUAUACACCAGAAGAAGCUUUUCGCUUUCCACUGAAGUUGGCUAUAUCUGCUGUGGUGUCUAUUAUAUCCUUGUAUCAGAUGGGACUGCUUCUGAUUAUGUUGGUGAUGCCAUUAAUGCAAACUGCCCGUUUAGGAGUUGAUGAAGAUUUUGCCAAUGUUUUAGCUGGCUUCAGGAUUGAGCUGUCUAAAGACAAACAAGAAGUGGUCAGAAUAGUCGUCUAUUACAUAUGGAGUACAGAAGUGUGCUACACCUCAGCGAUGACGCUGUCUUGUUUGAUCAACCUAGUGAUGCUUAUGCGGUCCAUGGUUCUGCAUAGGUCAAACCUUAAGGGACUCUACAGAGGAGAUGUUUAUAAUGUCUACAAUUGCAAGCGGCGUAUCAGGGUUUCUCGGGCAUCACUGGUCUGCUGGAUGGGAUACACCAGCUUUUCUGCAGCUCAUCUGUGCUUUAGCAUGAUCAUCCAGACGAUGGUAUUCUUCCUCUGCCUUCUCAUUGCUGUCUUUCUCGUUAUCAUACCUGUUGUGUACACACGGAAUCUGAUACUCCUUCAGAUGCUGUGGAGCAUGUGGCCCUUCUGGCUGAUGAUUCUCGUAACUGUGCUGAUCCAACAUAUUACCGCCAGGUUUUGCUUCAUCAAAAAAACAGCAGGAACACACGAUCUGAACAACAGGGGUGUUCUGUUCCUGCUCACAUACCUGCUGUUUCCAGUUAAUGUUCUGACCGGGAUGGUCGUGGCACUGUGGCGCAUGAUCAUCACAGCUUUGUUCAACAUUGUCCACAUGGCACGAAUGGAUAUCAGUCUCCUGAACCGUAAUGUAGAAGCAUUUGACCCGGCCUACCGCUGCUACGCUCAUUAUUUGAAGAUUGAGGUGAGCCAGUCUCACCCUGUGAUGAAGGCCUUCUGCGGGAUGCUGCUGCAGUCCGUGGGCCAGGAAAGCAAUGCUGCACAGAGUGCACGGGACAUCGAAGAGGGAAUCCAGCUGGUGCAACAGGAGAAGAAACAGCACAAAGUGUCCAGUGCCAAGCGAGUCUGCAGGCACUGGCAUCUCCUCUACACCCUGGUCAACAACCCCUCCCUGGUGGGCACCAGGAAGCACUUCCAGUGUCACUCUGCAGACAGCUUUCUGAAUGGAAGCCUCAACCGCAGCACGAAAGAAAGGCACACGAAGGAUGCAGGAGCAGAGGAUGAUGCAGAGGCCUCGACCAGCAAGUGAUUGUCAAUGUCACCAAUUAGGAUGGCUUGUAAAGCCUCUUGUUUUUGGAUAAAUAGUAAUAUGUCAUGUGUAAUUUGUUUGUUCCUAGAGUAGAUCUGUUUUUUUUUUUUUUUUUUUUUUUUUUUUUAGUGUUUCAUAGACAAAGAUGUUCCUGGUUGUCUGCAAGCUUGUGAAGCACCGACUUCACCCAUUUACACGUUUAUCUGGUUACUUUGCUACAACAGGCAUUUGUGUUACACUUGUGGGUAAAUCAUUUAAUAUUCCAAAAUUGUAUCUACAAGCUUGUAUUUACAAUUGCUAUUACUAUACUAUUUAAUAAACACAAUGAAACAUCCUUA